ACCGAAUUAAAAAUGCAUUUAUAUAAACGAUUUUGUGUUUGGCUUGGACACUUGAAGCUUUCUCGUGUUAUUAUGAGUGUUUUUGUGAUUCUUUUCACUGUACCACUUGUUACGCAUUAUUAUCUGUCGAAGUAUGAAACAACAACAACAUCUCAGGGCAGUGGCAAUAUGCGGCACACAUUGGAAGCACUCAGUGACCCGUCCCCUGCUAAUGUAGCUGACUUAAAGCUCAGGAUCGAGGAAAUGUUAAGAAUAAAGGCUUCAGUGUCAACAGAGUUACGUGAGCUAGAAUCCCGCCGCGGGCGGCUGCAGCGCGAGGCAGCGGCGGCCAGCGCUAAGGCCGACAGUGUCAAAGCAGAACAUGCUCGCGCCACCGCUGAGUUGAUGCGCCUACGCGCCUCCGCAGAACAGGCUCGCUUGGCUCAGCUCGAUGCCAUGCGCAGAGACUCACCGGACAUCGCCCCACCAGCCCAAAUUGUCCCCUCUCAACCACCACCUACCUUACCCUCUGUAAGUCCCUCCUUAGAACCCUACUGCCGCAUGCACUCCUGCUUCGAUCACUCUCGCUGCUCCCUUACUUCAGGUUUUCCAGUCUAUCUUUAUGAUCCUGAUAUCUACUCCCCACUAGCUGGUGCCGAAGUUGAUGGUUUUCUUAAAACUACUCUUCGCCAGACACUUGGCUACAACACACAUUUAACGCGAGAUCCCAAUGAAGCGUGCAUCUACCUCGCGCUUGUCGGAGAAGCGUUCCCAUUUGAUAAAACGCCCUCAUCAACAACAGAGAUUUAUAAACUGAUGUUGAAUGAGACUGCUGUGAAAAGGUUACCAUAUUGGGGAGGCGAUGGUCGUAAUCACGUUUUGCUGAAUUUGGCUCGCCGAGAGCUGUCGGUAGGUUCCGGUGACGCUUUCCGAGGCACGUCCACCGGAAGGGCCAUGAUUGCGCAGUCUACAUUUACACUGGAUCAGUUUCGACCUGGCUUCGAUCUAAUCACUCCUCCCGCACUUGGUCCACCAGGUGGAGACGUGUGGGCGGAUUGUGCUUCGAUAGCUCCAGCUAGACGAAAGUACAUACUAAGUUUUCAGGGUUCCCAAACACCAGCCACCGGUACCGUGAAAGACGACGACAAAUCGUUGAUGGACUUCCUCCAGAAAACAGCGAAAUCUGCGCCACCUUCUGAUGUGUUUUAUCUUCAAUUCGAAUGUGACCCUCCUGUGGAACGUCGAGCGGUGUUGGCCAUUGGAGACUGGGCACUAUGUGGUACAGAUCGAUCGCGGCGAUCAAUACUACGUGACUCUACGUUUGUGUUAAUUUUAGCCCCUGCUGACAGAACCUACGCAACUACGGCAUUGCUUCAAGCAAGGCUUUACGAAGCAUUAAGAUCGGGGGCGAUACCGGUAAUCCUCGGAGGUGACCGUAUUCGAUUACCUUACGAUGAAGUACUCGACUGGCGAAGAGCGACGAUGUUGCUUCCGAAGGCGCGGGUCACCGAAUUGCAUUUUCUUUUGCGAGCGAUGACCGACGCAGAUCUUCUAGCAUUUAGACGACAGGGACGAGUACUGUGGGAGAGAUACCUGAGUUCUGUGCAAGCGAGUGUGGAUUCACUACUGGCAGUGAUUCGAACGAGAUUAAAUAUACCGCCAAGGCCUGCCGUGCCUAUAAUUGGGGCGCCAGCGUUCAAUGAGUCGUAUUACCCGUUGAAGGUGGAGCCACCAGCGAUGGACUCAGAGCCGGAGGAAACGCUGGGGCCAUUGGAGGCGCCUUACCCUAGCCCGACCUUCAAAAGGAACUACACCGUGGCGCUGCUACAGGGGUACGAGAUGUGGAACGAGUGGGGGGAACCGUUUACGUUGUAUCCGCAGUUGCCCUGGGAUCCGCCUGUGACAUCAGAAGCCCGCUUCAUAGGAUCAGCUGCGGGAUUCCGGCCCCUGGGCGCGGGAGCGGGGGGUGCAGGGCGGGAAUUGAGCGAGGCUUUAGGUGGCGACCGUCCGCGUGAACAAUUCACCAUCGUCAUACUCACGUACGAACGCGAGGCAGUCCUUGCCGCGGCACUUGCCCGGUUAAGAGGGCUUCCCUAUCUUAAUAAGGUAGUAGUCGUCUGGAACGGUGUUACCGGUCCAAGCAUGGCGGCGUGGCCGGAAAGCGGCGCUCCAGUUGCUGUCGUUCGCGCCGCUCGUAACUCUCUCAACAACCGCUUCUUGCCGUACCACCUAAUCGAUACUGAGGCCGUGCUGUGUGUGGACGAUGACGCGCAUUUAAGACACGACGAGAUUGUUUUUGCUUUCCGAGUGUGGCGUGAGCAUAGGGACAGAAUCGUCGGUUUCCCCGGCCGCUAUCACGCCUGGGAUCUCAACUUCAACAACGGUUUUCUGUACAAUUCAAAUUACAGUUGCGAGUUGAGUAUGGUGCUAACAGGCGCAGCGUUCAUCCACCGGUAUUACAUGUGGGCGUACUGGCGUGCGUUACCGGCCGCUGUAAGGGAUUACGUCGACGAGUACAUGAACUGCGAAGACAUCGCCAUGAAUUUCCUUGUCGCGCAUAUAACAAGAAAGCCGCCUGUCAAGGUCACAUCGAGAUGGACCUUCAGGUGUCCCGGCUGUCCGGUCACUUUGUCGUCUGAUGAAACCCACUUCCACGAAAGGCAUAAAUGCAUACAGUUCUUCUCUCAGGUGAUGGGCUACACGCCUCUGCUAUCCACACAGUAUCGCGCAGACUCCGUCUUGUUCAAAACGCGAAUACCCCACGAUAAACAGAAAUGCUUUAAGUUUAUUUAACACUCAUUGUUUUAGCAUCUCAUUAGUUUGCAAUUUAGAAAUAGUAUGAGGAGUAACAUUAUGUAGUAUAAUGUUCUACGGGAUGUGUCAUGUCAAAUAAGUUGCCGUGACAAUAUAAGUACAGUUAACGGUACAUGAAGCUACAUACUUUUCUUCGAAUAUUGCCUUCAGAGCAACGGAACAAAUACGUCAAUGUGUAGCCUUGUAUGCUGCUUUCCGUAGGUUACCGGCAGACGACAAUUUAAAAAUCUUUAAUUGUGAUUCGGACAACUUUUCAGAAAGCAUUUGUAAUUAAUCAUAAUUUCAAGCCCUCAAAAAUUAACUAGUUACAAAAAUUGCCGCUGAAAUGACACCACGUGUCACCUUAGAACACGUGACAUCAUUGGCAGGUAAACAACCUAGGCAACGUUGAUUACAAUCCUUAAUCCAAAAUUUGUACAGUUUUUAGUUAAAAAGUGAUAAAGAAAAAACGAGAUAAUACGCGAACAGUGAAUGCAGAGACGUUUCUUUGUUUUCCUACGUAUGACAUCACGGGUGUGUUUUGUGUUUAUAAGAGAUUGAAAAUAUUACAAUAUAUUUUAUCUAUUGAUUUAAGAAUAUAAAUCAUUAUUAUUUCACAAAAAUAUUGAUUGAAUCAUCGUUUUUAUUUUACAAACAUUCUAAGUACACUUUAGAUUUUUUCUGAUUUAUUGUCCGAUUGCCUAUUUUAGAAAGCACACUUAACAUAGAGAUACUGCAAACACGCGGCUGUCAAGAGUUAUCGUAUUGUAGUCACUCUUUUUUGUACCGACUCGGGGGAAAAAGUUAAUAUGUCACGAUACAAUGCAAAUGGCAAGAAUGCAUGAUCGCCUUCUGUUUUCAUAAUUCCUUUAUACGGUGCAAUAUCAUUGGCAAGUGGCAUGUGAUGCAAACUAAUCUCUGA